AUGAGUUUGUCAGAGAGGCAACGAGAGGAAAUUAAUCGAGCAGUGGCCGAAUAUCUGCAGAACAAUGGAUACUCCGAGGCGUUCAACAUGCUUCUCAAGGAGGCGAGCUUGAGCGAAAACGAUAUCAAACCACUGGGCGGCAUUCUGGAGAAGAAGUGGACUACGGUACUUCGACUUCAACGCAAAGUCAACGAUUUGGAGGCGAAACUGCUCGAAUCACAACAGGAAAUCAAUCAUGGCGCGCCGACGAGAGACAAACGACAGGCGGCCGACUGGAUUCCCCGUCCACCGGAGACGCAGAAGCUCAUCGGACAUCGUCUUCCGGUCACCCGCGUCAUUUUUCAUCCGUUAUGGACCAUUAUGGCCAGCUGCUCAGAGGACGCCACUAUUAAGGUAUGGGACUACGAAACGGGACAACUGGAGAAGACACUCAAGGGACACACGGAUGCCGUCAACGAUAUUGCUAUCGAUGCGGCUGGAAAGCAAUUGGUAUCCUGCUCGACGGACCUGACAAUCAAACUGUGGGACUUUGGUCAGUCGUACGAUUGUCUGAAAUCGCUGAAAGGACACGAGCAUACUGUAUCGUCGGUCACCUUCCUGCCAACGGGCGAUUUUGUGCUCUCCGCCAGCCGGGAUCAUACGAUUAAGCAGUGGGAUAUCUCCACCGGCUACUGUGUGUUCACAUUCCGCGGCCACAACGAUUGGGUCCGAAUGAUUCGUAUCUCGCACGACGGAACGCUCUUCGCAUCGGGAAGUCUGGAUCAAACGGUUUCCGUAUGGUCUUUGCCACGAAAGCAGCGAAAUUGGUACUUCGAGAUCAUGAGCAUGCGGUGGAGUGUGUCGAAACCCGAAGGCAAUUCCACACACAUUCUGUUCAGUGGCAGUCGUGACAGAAGCAUCAAAGCGUGGAAUAUCAGCACUGGCGAAGUGAUUUUCACCCUAUCGGCUCACGAGAAUUGGGUUCGCGGAUUGGCGUUCCAUCCGAAGGGAAAGUAUUUGGUAUCAGUGGCCGAUGAUAAGAUGAUGCGAAUCUGGGAGUUGAGUGCUCAACGGUGUAUGAAGGCCAUCGAGGCACACGAGCACUUCGUUUCAACAGUUGCAUUCCACCAAACGAAUCCAUACGUGAUCACUGGAAGUGUCGACAUGUCAUGCAAAGUUUGGGAGUGCCGCUGA